CAAACAGAGGUGUGGCUCCCUGGCAGGUAGGUUAAAAAAAAGAGAAAAGAGAAAAGAGAGUGUCAUGGUUACUUGAUAGACCUUGGAACUCGCUGGACAAACAGCACAGUAUAUGAGUGGCGUUAACGGAGAUGGUAGUCACACCUAACUGCAACUGAAUGCCAAGUCCUGUCAUGAAUUUUUCAGUGGAUCCACAUCCUGUAACUUUUUCAGCAACCUACAAUCCACAUCUAUAAACAAGCGAGUGUCAACAUGCUGGAAAGUGGCUCUGCCAAGGGAGGACAAAGAGAGGGAACAGAGCGUGGCGUGAGACUGGAAGAAAGCAGAAAAUGGUGUGGCUGGUCAUGCCGCCGCUGCUUCUUCUUUAUCCUUCUCGUGCUCACACCGAUUUUCUAUUUUUACACCACAAACUUCUAUCCUGACUGGUGGGACAAAUAUAAUACAACAAAACUGUGGAAUGUAUUUAAAAGCCAUAAACAUAAUGUAGUCUCUAAUGGAAACACAUCUACAUCUGAACCGACCCCUGCUGCGAACAGCUCGUCUCCUGUUAAGACCAUCAUAAGAACAACAGAGACGACGGUCACAACGAACAUAUCUCAUCAACCUGUUUUGGAAACCCCCGUCCCUUAUAAAUCUCCAGGACCGUAUUUAGUGGAAUACCCCUAUGAGUACCACUUUGUUAUCAAUGAGCCAAACAGAUGCGAGCAGGAGAAACCUUUCCUGGUUCUGAUGGUUCCCGUGGCGCCCAACAACAGGGCGCAUCGUGACAUCGUCCGCAACACCUGGGGAGGUGAAAGCCCGGUACUGGACAAAGUGGUGAAGGUCUUCUUCCUGCUCGGGCUCCGCACUGGAGAUGGAGUGGCGGAGCUCCAAGAACAACUGCUGCAGGAGAGCAAAGAACAUCGAGACCUGAUCCAGAGCGACUUCCUGGACUGCUACAAAAACCUGACCAUCAAGACCAUGGUGAUGAUGGAGUGGCUGGAUAAGUACUGCUCCCGAGCUGCUUACGCCAUGAAGAUUGACUCAGACAUGUUUCUCAAUUUGCCCAAUCUCAUCAACAUGUUGUCAAAUACUCCAAAGACAAACUACCUGACCGGACUUGUGGAGGGAGCAGCUUAUGUACGCAGAGAUCAAGGAUCUAAAUGGUACUUACCUCAAGAGGUUUUCCCUAACCCACAGUACCCACCUUACGCUCUGGGUCUGGGUUACGUUUUGUCUCUAGAUCUCCCUAAAAAGCUUGUGGAGGCAUCCAGACAUGUCAAAGCUGUUUACAUUGAAGAUGUGUAUUUGGGAUUAUGCAUGCAGCACUUGGGCAUGUCUCCCACUUACCCUCCAAAAGGGGGACAAUUUCAUGUCUAUCCUGUGACGUACAGUCGCUGUGCUUACUCCGGGAUAAUAGCCACCACUACGCAUGAACACGAUGACCGUAUGGCGGUCUGGAAAGACUUUAAAAGACCGGGCCCGUACUGCAAUUAGACAAAAAACUGAUUUGACAGCUUUUUUUAAGCUCUUGUUAACUGAACUGGUGUUACUUUGUUUACAUAAAAACGUUUCACUUCACCUCUCACAUGUAAAAGUGUUAAAGGACACGAGAGAGAGAAGGUCAAAUGAAACAGUGAAAACAUAACUCCGCCUCCUUGGGGUUCUGAAUAUUUUAGACGUAACGAUAUAAAAGGUGGAGAAACUCUAUUCUCUGCCCUCUUCGUCUUUGAUUGGAGGGUGGGUGUGUGAAUGAAAUGAAGGAAACAAACAUUGCAGAGCUUUAAGUGUGUUUGCUCAAUAGAGGCACUGUGGAGAAGAAACAAUAGUAGAAUGAAUGUUCAGAUUAUAUUAGAUUCAACUUUAACGUCAUUGCACAAAACACAAGUAAGUAAAAGAUGGUUAAUGUUUGACGACGUGUUAAUAUGUUAACAUCCCUGGCAAACACCGCAGUGCCUGUGACAUGGUUCGACUGCACUGAUCAUGUGGCAGCACAGAAACACUUCUCUCAUUCUUGUGCACAAGUCGUGUCAAGACACGUCACAGCAUUCAGGGAAGAAGACCACAUGCAUUGUUUCUUCUGCAUGGCAAGUAGGACCGGGGGAAAGGGGGUUAAAAUCUUUGAGUCACCAUGUUAUCUGAGGCUGUACCUUAUCUCUGGUUAGUAUUUAACCCUCUGAUGGCCCUUUAAAAAGCUUAGAAAUUAUUAUUAUUUAAAACCACCAUCAGUCCUAAUCAUACAUAUCAAAUAUUUAUGAUUUUAUUGUCAGGUUUAUUCGUUUGGAGGCUCCAAAGUUCAGUUCAGCUACUUGAGUCCGAAGUGGUCGAAAGUCCUGAAAGACUUGUAGCACAAGCAGCACCCUGAUUGUCGGACCAACAGUCAAACUGGUCUUUUAUGUUUGAGCAUUCAGGACACAGAAACAAAAGUCAUUUUGAUCUAAAUGAUAUUUUUUAGACAAUUGUUGUUGUUCUGCAGGUUUUUGCACACUGUAAAGAAAAACACUAGAUACAGAUACAGAAAAACACUAGAAUUCAUCGAACACACCGUCUGCCACAGUGCUCGGAUAUUUAUUUUUAAAACUGUUGUAUAAAGGCACAUAUUUUUGAUGUUUUUGACUUGCAAUCUGUGAUUUUACAGAAGGGAAAGAAAUCACAAAGAAAUGAAUUUAUUUAUCUCAUUGACUUCGGCCUCUUCUCCACACUGUUUAUAACUCUCAGGUGAAACGUGAAGGAUGAAAGAAUGCUGUAAAAAAAAAAUGUUUCCCCUCCUUUGUUGUCAUGCAGAGACACCUAGUGGAUAUUUUUGCACACUGCAACAGAGUAAUGUCACAAAACCAAUCGAGACCUCACAGUGUUCUGUUUAGUUAUUCAUGUGUAAGGUGUGUGUGUGUGUGUGGGUGUAUGAUAAAUGUUACAGUCCAGACCAAAUGUUUAAUAUUGUACAGGGAAUUUUAAAAAAGUUAUUGUUUUCAUUAAAACUUUUAAUUUGAAUAUCAUUACGACAGCUGUGUGUUUAUGAUAGUCACUCAACAGAAUGGGAAUCAAACUGAUAAUCAGAAUCAUUGAAGGUGUCCAAGUCCAUAAAUCUAAAGUCCAGACACUCGAGAAUCUGGCAUCACAUUUUUAAGCAAACAUUGAAACACUACACAUGCAAAACUACAACCCUUAUGUUCACCUUUUAGAAAAUUGCCUUCCAGUACGGAGGGCCUGUUUUUAGUUUUUUGAUGCUCUGGGUUACCAGUUAUGAACCAAAUUUUAAAGUUAGAUUGUGCCCAAAAUAUUGGAGAUACAUUCAUUCCCAGCGCAUCAAAACUCCGAAAAUAAAGCCACAAACUUUGGUAUUUUCUGAUCAAGUUGUCAUCAAUAACCUGAUAUAUACUUGAAUAUAUACGUUGUAAGAUUGAGGUCUGUGUUAAUAAUCAUCCCUGUCUUUGUAAUUUUAUGGAUGGUGUAACAUUAUGUUCACUGUAAAAAAUAAGUGUCCAUGCCUUGCCUUUAAAAUAUUAAGUUGACUGAAAUUCAGUGAUGAUUCCAAACAAUUUUUUUUGUCAGAUAAACUUAAUUACAAUUCAGGUGUACUUAAAUACCUUAGUUCAAUUAACUUGAACACAAUUCAGGUGUACUUCUGAGAAAUUCUGACACAUAAUGCAUUUUGGAAAGUUACCAACUCUAUUUUUCUCACUGCCGUAGUGUAAGUAGGGAGGACUGGCCAGGUCAUGGCAACUUUUCUGCAUCAAAUAUUUCCUACGAAAGUUUCCAAAUACUUCAUCAGUCAAACACCUCACCAGUCGUCAUCAGUAAACAGUGGGAACAACUCGGCUCUUACUGUCAGAGACAGAGGUCUGCAGAUGGGACUGAAUGCUGAGGCAACUUUUCUCUCUAAAUUAGCCAAUAUUUUUCUCAUGAGUUGCCAGAAAAAACAAUGACCACAUUACUGUUGCUAGAGAGUUUCUUCUAAAGGGAUUUAUAGGGGUGUUUAUUUGUGCUAAACUUGAAAAAAGUCAGAAAGUAACAAUUCAUUUCAUUAUCAUACUGACGUCAAACAGACGUAGAAGCUGGUUCAUGAAAUAAACAUGUUGUGCUCGAGCUGCAGUAACAAAAUUCUGACCAGUAGAUGUCAGUGUUACAUGUAAACUUACAUAUUGUUCCUUUGA